AUGCCCGUGUAUCCAUCCGAGCAAUUCCGUCCGGGUCAACCAACCCCUGCUCCCCGCCCACAGCGUCCGAGCCCGUCUCUCAAGGGACACCCGGAUAUUCGGUCGACAAAGGAGUAUAAGGUUGCUGCGCGGAGAUGGACAUCGACUAUUGUUGCUUUGCCGUUUCUUAUGUAUACCUCUUAUAUUCUUUAUGAGCGGGUUUAUGGUGACAAAAGCCAGAAACACUUUGCGCCCCCGAAGAAGCAGCAGGAAGAGUCCUCUUCCAGCUCCGAGUCUCCUGUAUCCCGCUCCUGA